AUGAAAAAUAUCAUCUUGAGCUCAUCGCACACCAGCUCAUCGCAGCUCAUCGCAAGCAAGAUGGAUCUUUCAGAGAGCAGUAACGAAGAUUACUCUUCCGACGAAGAGUCUAAUCAAGUUCUAAUCACAUCAAAGAAGAACACUGUAAAAGAUGCGUUCACAAACGGCGACAGUGAUGAGGAAAUAAGUGUUGUAGAAGAAGAAAACGCGGUAUCCGAAAAUGAAUCAGUUGAUGGCCCCAAAGAUGCCGAUGCAACGUCCGCUACUGAAUCGAAAGGCUCAGAACUCACAGAGAAAAAGGUAGACCCAGAAAGACUCAGAAAAGAACGACUAGAACGACUCAAGAAACUGCGAACCACGCAAAAGAGUAAGCACAAGACAGGCGUGGUGUACUUGUCGAAGAUACCGCCAUACAUGAAGCCUGCCAAGAUGCGUCAACUACUUUCCCGAUUUGGGGAGGUAGAUAGGCUUUUUUUGAAGCGUGAAGAUGACCAGAAAUACAAAACCCGUGUCAAGGGCGGCGGAAAUAAGAAAACGAUGUUUGAGGAAGGCUGGGCCGAGUACGUGCGUAAGAAGGACGCAAAGCUGUGUGCUAGCACACUCAACGGUAACAUCAUUGGCGGUAAAAAGGGGAACUUUUACCACGAUGACGUUAUGAAUGUGAAAUACUUGUCAGGCUUCAAAUGGGCCGACCUGACAGAACAGAUUGCGCGUGAAAACGACGUUCGUCAAGCCAAGCUACAAUUAGAGGUCUCGCAGGCCAACAAGAUGAACGCAGAAUUUAUUCGGAACGUCGAGCGCAGCAAAAUGCUGCAGAACAUUCGUGCGUCCAAAAAACGGAAUUCUCCAGAGGAUUCUGCAGCUGACUCGCAUUCCGAAAAGAAAGAUACACCAGCUUUUAAGCAACGCAGGGUCACCACUAAUCGGGCAGCAGGCCCUGAAGAGCACAAAACGAGCUCUUCGAAACGUCUGGAUUCUGUCAUACAAAACCUAUUCUAA